CACGGGGACUCGGGGGGUCGCGCGUAGCUGGACAGCGAGCAAGCAGUCUCGGGCCGGGACGGUUCCGCCGUGUUUCCUUGUCAAAAACGAAGAAUCUAAAGCUUUUUACACCGCUUACUCUGUUAUUUCUCUGCCCUACUCUCUAAAAGACACAUCUUCCGCGAAGACCGUGAGACCCGUCGCGACCUCGCACUCGCUGCCUCGGACUAUGUGGCUACACCUCCGCUCCCUGGCUUCGAAACUGUAAACCGUCGAAAGUUGUCAUCGACGUUCUGGAAGUCGCGCACUCCGUCAAGUCUUCUCUUGCUAUUUCAAAGUUCAAAUUGAAUGUCGGAUUUUUCCAGAAAACAAGACGGCUUGGGCUCUGGCGCCGCUCUUCCCCCCCCCCCCAUUCCCCAAUUCGCGUCUGAAACACUAGCAUUGUCUUGACGCUGUCGUCUGUCUGCUUCCCGGGCUGUUCCGGACACCCUUUCGAAGUCAUAUCAACCUUGAAACUCAGGAAUUUGUGCGUGUAUUCUGUUUACUAGUUCAAAUCGGUCAGAAAAGACCCUUUCUCGUCCAUCCACUCGCCACUUCAUCUCGUCCGCCCUGUUACAAAGACCUCACCCUGGACGUUUUAGAUCGUGCUUGCGAUUCGCCGCUCUCGCGUCCGCUGCCUCGGAGGUCCUUCCUUUCCUUCUUCUUGCGAAGUUCUUCCUUCUCCCUUCUUCCACACCAGUUGGCCUCUGCCACAUUCGCGCGACAGCGCAAAUCUGUCCGAUAUCGCGUCUAAGAAAGAGUCAUCAGCUUCCAGAGCGGUAUGUUCCAGCCGACUAUGCGGCGUUGAGUUCCGCAGUCGCGUCUUCUUCGUUCUUUUGCCUCCUCAAGAUGGCAUUUUCCCCAGAGUUCCUCAGUCGCCUAAGCGAGCUGGGAAACGAGUACCAGCGACUGUCUGAGGACCACGAGAAACUGAAGGGAACGGAAAACCAGCUCUACGAGCAGAUCACCCAGCUGCAGAAAGAGGUGGAACAGCUGAAAGACGGCCGCAGUUCGCUGUUGAGCGAAAACAAAAGUCUCAUCGAGAAACUGCAGAGAGUCACGCAGGAGUACGGCCAGCUCCAGGACGACUUUCGAGAACUCAAGGAAAACAACGGCAGACUGGCGCUCGAGCUCACCGAAAGUCGCCUUGAAGCGGCGGAAGCCAGGGAGCAACUCGAGAGAGAAAAGGCUUCCCACGCAGCAUCCCUAGGAAAGAUGGGUGAAAGCAACGAAAAACUGAAAGCGGAAGUCGCAGAGCUCGCCGAGAGAAACAAAGCUCUCAACCGGAAACGCCAAGACGCUGCUGACCAGCUACGCUUGGCAGCGGAGGAGCAGAAGCGGUCCGCCGACCAGGUGCAGGCGCUGCAUGCAGAGAAACGGCAGCUGGGCGACAAGGCCAAGCAGCUGACUGAAGAGGGUCGUUUGUUGGGCAUGCGAAUUCGAGCUCUGACAGCGAAGAACAAGCAACUCGGCGAGGACAAGCAGCAUGCACUCCAGAACAUGCAGUUGGUCCACGAGGAAGAGAAGCAACGGUGGGAAAAAAGGGUCAAGGCAGUUGAGGCAGCUCGAGAGGAGGCAGUGGCGGCGAUGAAGCGCGGAGACGAAGAGGUCGGCCGCCUCAAGCAAGAAUUCCUUCUUGCAGAAGACUACAAGCGGCGCCUGGAGGAGCAGAUUCAGAGUUUGGAGGCGCGACUUGCGGAGGCAACGGCGGACCGGAACAAACUUCAGGACGCGUUGAACAACGAAAGGAACAUCGUCGAGGAGAACAAGGAGCGCCAGAAAAUCGAGAUGGACAAGUGCGUUCGGCGCCUCACGGACGAGCAGAAUCGCCUCAAAGAGAAGUUCGCGACGGACUACAGAAAGGCAUGCGACGAAAUUGAGCGCUUGACGAACGAGAAGCAACAAGUCGUGGUCCACAUCCACGAUUUCGCUGAGAUGCACGGAGCGUCGAACGGUUCCAACAGCGAAUGUCGAAGAAACCCAGACGUCGCCGAUUACAGCAGCGUCAUGGCAGCCACUCGCAGCGUUGCCGUCCGCGUAGUGCACCUUGAAAACACUGUCAAACUCUUGACGGAUCAAAGUCGAAUCAUCAAUGAAGAGAAGGAACGCCUCGAGCGAGACAUCGCUCACCUCGUGCAACAAAACCAACAUGUCACACAAGCCAGAAAACUCCUCGCUGGCCAGCACGCACGCAUCCUCCAGGGAAUCCGCGAACUGGCUGAGGAAGCAAGUCUCGCGCAGACGGUCCUUGGAAGUGGAGACCUCGUAGGAGCGAGCUCAGCGUCUCCUUUCGCAAGUUUGUCUGUUUUUAGCAAAGAAGGAGAGUCCAGCGGUCAGACAAAGAGCGGAAGUAUCUCCUGCCUGACCACGGAUCUGCCGCCGGACACAGUGAAGCCGGCCUUUCCUCUUGGCGUGUCAGGUGCCGUGAAUACCUACGAUGUAGAUUCAGCGAUACGCGAUGAGACCGACUCUCUGAUACAGUGACACAAGUCUAGUUCGACGAAAGAAAUGGGAACGCUGAUACGCACGGCCAGUGGCUCCCGGCGUCUCCGAGUGAGGCAGAGUUUCAGUAAUUCUCUGCAGCAGACGCAAGCACUUCACAAAAAAAGGCUUUUUGCCGACCGGUGUCUGUAAAUCGACGUGAAUCUACCAACGGGGCAGCCAGUUAGCUUCCAAGGGUGGGUUCGCUUGUUUUUUGACUGUCACGCGAAGUCGAGGCGGGUGAUUGGAGGUGUCGCAGAGAGGCCGCGAUGUGCCUCUUCAGCACGGGAAACGGACGUUUUUUGUCGCCGGCAAAGACGGCCGUUCCGUGUAUGCAAUCAUCCAGGAUCCUUGAGACUCUUUUUAACAGGUGGGUUUUCCUCCAUAGGUGCUGUCCUCGCAGUUCACAUUCUGUGGUCCUCGCUCGCCAGCGCGGG